GGUGCAAGGAUUAAAAGCAUAAGAAAAGAAAUCUGUAAUAUAUUCCCAUGACGUUCUUCCCUCUCCUCUUCCAGUCCUUUGCAUAUUCAUUUUUAAUUCAGUUUUAAGUGUGGGAAGGCUUAAUUAGUUGCUUUACUUUUUGGCCUCUGAACUUCCAAUAGCUGUUCUCUUUUUCAAUGCGAUGGAAAAGGAAGAAGAACCCAAGUUCGCUUCUUUCCCCAAUCUUGAACUCGACUCCCAUGGAGUUUUGGGCCAGAAUGAGAAAAGCGUAUCUGACGGGACAGAUGAAGCAAAAAGCGCCAAAUCUGGGUGCCUCUCUUUGGAGAAUGCGGCUCCGCAAAAUCAGCGCUACACUACGCUUGUUCCAAGGGCACUCAACCAGCAACAUGCAAGGGAAAGAUCUUCACCGUUAGCCGUUUCUUCCGCCGUGAAUGACCGGCUUCAGCCACCGCAAAACCUUGCCAAUCUUCAGAGCCCGUUGUCACAGCCGCAGCAAUUUGUAUUCUCCUCGCAACCCUUUUGGGUACAGCCGCACCCGAGCAUUGCCCAACCUCAAUGUUACCCUGUUGGAUAUCCAACAUACCCUGGCUUUCCAGGUUCCUGGGAUGCCUCAACAUGGGGGGCUCAAACACAACCAUUACUGUUUCCUGGGAUGUCCAAUUAUUCAAGAGAAUCAUAUGGUUUUGUCUCUUCUCAAUUUUGGUCUAUGCCAGCUCCUAAUUGUAUUACAUCUUCCUCUGUACAACCCCUUUCAAGAGGAGUCAUCAAGCCCCCUGAAAAGCUUUCUAAGACUCAUCAAAGACUCUGGGGAGCACAGUCUGCAGAAAAUGUUCAAAUGUGGAAUAUGAUUGGGCAGCUGCAAGGGGAAUUAGGCGAGUGUAAGGGCAGAUUGAUCAAGCUUGAAGCUGAAAUUUCAUCUUUCAGGUCAGCAACAGCUACGGAUGAGGCUGCCGUGGGAGUUGGAAAUGGUGGCAUUAUGGUGAAGUGGAGGAGGUCGAAACGAGCAGCAGCCCCAGUUUGUUCACAACAUUCAUUACAACCUCGCGAGGCAAUCCCCAUGUAAUGAAAGUGAGGGACCAACAACAAUCACAGAACGUCCUGAAUAAUCGACCCUCGGAUACGAAAGCCAAGAAUGGGAAGAACAAAACCAAAUGUUCUUGAAAAAGAAAGGUUGAAUAAGGUGGAUGAUAAACAACAAUCUACACCAAUGGAAAUGUUAGCAGACGAGGAACAACAAGGGGGAGCUUGAAACACAAAAUGGGUCUUCCUGAUGUGGAAAGUAAGUUCUAAAUGAUGAAAUGUUGUUCGUUGUUCCUUCAAGAACAGGCAAUUCCCAAAUGAAACUGCCUGUGAAUAUGAUAACAAGGUAUGAGGAGUUGUUAUCUGGCACUGCAUGUGAAUAUGAUAUCAUUAAUAAUUGGUCA